AUUAAUCAGUAACCACAAGGCACAAAUAUUAAAUUAUUUUCUACAUUUUAAAUUUUUAAUACUUCUAAUGGCUAAAAAUUUGCUAAUUGAUUGUUUUUUACCAUCCAAAUCCUUAAAUUGUUACCUUCAUAGUUAAUACCGAUUAUCACCUCUGAUUUUGUUCUUCGUAAACUUACCCGAUCAGUUGUGAUUAUUUCGAAACCUAUUGUAAAUUUAUAAGUGAACUUGAGAUUUUACAAUGUAUCCGGUGGAUAAUCGAAAUGUCUGGAUUAAUAAUAUUAUUAAUCCUAGUAGUAGAUACGGUAUCAAAUGUAAAAAGUUAAAGAAGGUUAUCAAAGAUAUGGUUUUCGAAAAUGCUGCCCUUUGUGAUGAAAUAUCACAAAAUCAAGAAAAGUUAUUAAUUGUCCGAGAAGAAUGCAAGUUUUUAACUAAAAAGUUAAAUAUAUUUGAACCUCAAUUAGAUGCUCCUAUAAACAUAGCCCCUGUGAAAAAGGCAACUCCAAGAAAAAAAGCAACUACCAAUGGUGUAACACCUAAACCAAGGCGUCCUGCUGCUAAACGUAAAAAGGUUAAUAAUAUUAUAGAAGUCCAAGAACCAAUAACUAGUGGGAAUGUUACUAUUUAUAAUUUUGGAGAAAUUGUAUAUGAUACACCGUUUUAUUAUUCAGACUGUGCAAUCUAUCCAGCUGGAUUUUAUGCAACAAGAACUUAUGCUCAUUUCAGAAAUAUAUUCUCUAAAUGCACUUAUCAUUGCAAAGUUAUAAAAGCCGGUUCAUCUCCUAGAUUUGAGAUCAUGGAUCAUGAUAAACAUUUCAAAGUGACUGGCUUAAGUACUGAUGAAUGUCAUAGUCAUCUUAUAUCAUUAAUUAAUAAAUUGCUGGGCGCUGAAGACUUAAUACCUGCAAAUAGAAAUGGUGAUAGAUUUUUUGGAUUGACCUUACCUCCAGUACGCAUGAAAUUACAAGAAGCACCAGAAUCUAAAUUUUGCACGGGAUACAUUCCAUUAGAAUUGCAGUCUGAUUAUCAUGAAGCAGAGGUAAAGGCUGAAAGUGAUCCUGCUGUGAGUUUUGAAGGUCUUCAUAAUACAUUGAACAGAUUUCGAUCUAGACAUUAAGAAAAAUUAUAAUAAAACCAAUUUUACACUUAAAUGUAUAAUAAAAUGUGAUAUAGUAAAUAGUAAAUAUAAUUUUAUGAAACAGGUGUAUACAAUUCUAUUUAUUAUAUUGUUAAUAACAAAAAAUAAAUCAAUUCAUAAUUUUUGUGUA